AGCCAGAAAGUUGAGCUUAAAAACCUAGUCAAACACCACCCUAAGUUGCAGUUGAAUUCUUAUAAGAGAUUCUGAAUUCUUAAAAUUAGUCAAGAAUGAUUGAAGAUGCAGGUGUUUAUGAAGAUGGUUUCAGCUUCCAAACUAGCUGUAUUUCAGCUAAUAAUUCUCAUAUCAAUCUACAUUUUCAGUAUGUCUGAGGUUGGCCUGGGGUUGGAUACCAUCUCAUCAGGCCAUCCACUCUUUGGAAAUCAAAGUUUAGUCUCGAAAGGAGGCAAGUUCGAAAUGGGAUUCUUCUCCCCAGGGAAGUCUACAAAUUUUUAUGUUGGCAUAUGGUACAAAAACAUCCCUGUGAAAACAGUAGUGUGGGUUGCAAACAGAGAGACACCCUUACGUCGAUUUUCUGAUGACUCCCGGCUAGAACUUGCUGAAGAUGGAAGUCUGAUACUCUUCAAUGAGUCGAAUGUGAAGGUUCUGACAGUGAUUAGUACUUCUGUGGGAUUAAGUUCAGUUCCUGUUAAAGGGGUGCUUCGUGAUGAUGGAAAUUUUGUUUUGAGUGAUGGAGUGAGCAUUGUAUGGGACAGUUUUAACUAUCCAACAGACACUUGGCUUCCUCAUGGGAAAGUUGGAGUUGAUGAGAGCUUGAUCAACAGAAACCAGCUUCUCACUUCUUGGAAGAAUCCGAAUGACCCGGGUGAGGGUGAGUUUUCUUUCGGGAUAGAUGAAGGAGCCAGCCCUGAAUUAUUUAUGUGGAGGAACCGAUCAAAGGUUUUGUGGAGAAGUGGGAGCUGGAAUGACCACAAAUUUGCAUCAUUGGAAAGUACUUUUACUAAUUUCAGCUACAACUUAGUUGAACAAGCUAGAUAUUUUAGUUAUGUUAGUGAAAAUAUUACAUCCAGAUUUGUGUUAACUCAUGAAGGACAGAUUAAUCAGAUGUUAUGGUCUGAGAGUACUCAAAGCUGGGCCAUAUAUCUGUCGUAUCCUCGAGAUAGUUGUAGUAUAUUUGCUCUCUGUGGUUCGUUUGGAGUGUGCGACUUGAACUCUGCUCCUAGUUGUAGUUGUUUUGAAGGUUUUGUACCACGUCUGCCAGUAGAGUGGAGCCGUGCUGAUUGGUCUAGCGGUUGUGUGAGGGCUAAGGCCUUAAAGUGUUCCAAUGAUGGUUUCAUUCGUGUGAAAGGAAUUUCAAUGCCAGCAGAUUCGCAAUCCUUAAGUUUGGAUAGUGCUCAAGUUUGUGAAUAUGCAUGUCUGCGCAACUGCUCAUGCAUAGCUUAUUCUUACAGCAGAAGCAGAUGUUCCUUAUGGACGGGUGAUCUAUUGAAUACACAAAUUUCAGUCGAUUUUCAUAAUAAACAAAAGAUAGGAAAUGUCAAUGGUUAUAUAGAUAUUUACCUCAGAUCUUCCGAAGCUCCUGCAUCAAGAUCAGGAGUAUUGAAAAAGAAGAAGCACUCCUAUGUUUCACUGGCACUCUAUAUCACCAUUCCAAUUGUCAUCACCGCUAUAUUAUUGCUCUACUUAUUGUGGUAUAUCUGGAGGAAAAAAAAUAAGAAGAGAGAUGCCGAGGAAGCAAACGAGAAUCUACUAUCUUUCAGCUUGGAUAUUAGCGGCCAGCAAAACACAUAUAGCAAUAGCAACAGACUAGAAGGAGAGAAGAAAGACUUCAACCUGCCACAAUUUAGUUUUUCAAGCAUAUGUGCUGCCACAGACAACUUUUCCUCUGCAAACAAGCUCGGAGAAGGUGGUUUUGGACCUGUUUACAAGGGUAACUUGUCUAACGGACAGUCUGUAGCAGUUAAAAGACUUUCAAAGAGGUCCGGACAAGGCCUGGACGAGCUAAAAAAUGAAACAAUACUGAUUGCCAAGCUCCAACACAGAAAUCUUGUUAGACUCUUGGGAUGCUGUCUUGAGCAAGACGAAAAGAUACUGAUCUAUGAACACCUGCCCAACAAAAGCCUGGAUUUCUUUAUUUUUGAUCCUAGUAAACAACAUCUAUUAGAUUGGAGGAGACGUGUUCAAAUAAUUGAAGGUAUCACUCAAGGGCUUCUUUAUCUCCAUCAGCAUUCCAGAUUACGUAUAAUUCAUAGAGACCUGAAGGCUAGUAACAUUCUGCUGGAUGAUCAAAUGAAUCCCAAGAUUUCUGAUUUUGGCAUGGCAAAAAUAUUUGGGGAAGAUGAGCUGCAAGCAAAUACCAAACGGAUUGUGGGAACUUACGGAUAUAUGUCCCCAGAGUACGCCAUGGAGGGACUAUUUUCAGUGAAGUCUGAUGUAUUUGCCUUUGGCGUCUUGCUACUGGAGAUCCUGAGUGGGAAAAAGAACACUGGUUUCCGUCAAUCAGAUUGCAUCAGUCUUCUUGGAUAUGCAUGGGAGUUGUGGAAAACCGAAAGGGUGCUUGAGUUAAUAGACUCAACGCUGGAACUACCUGCCUCAUUCUUGCCACUGAGGUUUAUUCAUGUCGGCCUCUUGUGCGUUCAAGAAAAUCCAGCAUAAAGACCAACCAUGUCUGAUAUUUUGUCCAUGUUUAGCAAUGAGCAUAUCCAGCUUAAUUUUCCCAAACGCCCAGCUUUUACAUCUGGUGGUAGCUCAGGUUCAGGGAAAGACAAAGCCUACAAUUGUUCAGUGAAUAAUUUAACUGCUUCUGAGAUACAUGGUCGCUGAAAAUUUGAUGCAGACACUCCAUGAGUCCAUAAUUUUUCCAUGAAUCUCUCUUAACCGAAUGAUGUGAAAGAUACUAAUAUUCCCACAUAAAUACUAAUUCAAUUAUUGUAAUCCAAUUAUUCAAGUAAAGAUAUUUAUUGUAGCAACUGCAUUUCAACUUCGAGCGCGUUUGGUUGA